ACCUUUCUCGGCGUUGCUUGCUGUUUCCCAAUCGACAACGCUAUGAGCACUCCCAUGGAGAUUGCCGAGCAAACCCCUAUGCUCGAGGAUACGAUUAUUCCUCAUAUCGCUUCCAUGGAGGUCAUCUCUCACCAAAAUUGCAGUGACGCAACGAGUAUCCCUGAGCAAACUAGCACCGCUGAGCCCGUCGCUACAACCGAUCCUACUCAUCCUCCUCCACCUCCUCCUCCUCCUCCUCCUCCUUCUCCUCCUUCUCCUUGCCUCCACGAGAACAAAUUCCUCGUAUCUGUGGAGGUCUGCUUAAAGCCCUCAAGCACGGCUCGCCUAGAGGACGUCCAGAGAGCUGUAGAACGGAUGCUGGAAAAGAGGAGCAUGAGCUAUUUAGAUGGGCUUGUUCUGAUACCUGCAGACGAAUUGUUUAUUGUCGAAAAUGUGCAACGAAUAUGCAUCUGUGAUACAGGUAUUAACUUUUGUCUAACUGAGGAAGGACCAUGUGAGGAAUUGGGCGCAGAUGGACAGCCUGCUAGCUUUAACGAAUGGAUUCUACCCGCAAAGGAGUUUGAUGGCUUAUGGGAAAGCCUGAUAUAUGAAUCUGGACUUAAGCAACGGCUGCUACGUUAUGCUGCAAGUGCUUUGCUGUUCACGCAGAAGGGUGUAAACCCAAAUCUCGUUUCGUGGAACAGGAUUAUUCUUUUGCACGGACCACCAGGGACUGGGAAAACAUCUCUGUGCAAGGCAUUGGCUCAGAAACUUUCAAUUCGGUGCAACUCCAGAUAUCCACAUUGCCAAUUGAUUGAAGUCAAUGCUCAUUCUCUAUUUAGCAAAUGGUUCUCUGAAAGUGGCAAGCUGGUUGCCAAGCUUUUCCAGAAAAUCCAAGAGAUGGUGGAGGAAGAUAACAAUCUAGUAUUUGUUUUGAUCGAUGAAGUUGAAAGUCUUGCUGCUGCCCGAAAAGCUGCAUUGUCUGGCUCAGAACCUUCAGAUUCUAUCCGGGUUGUGAAUGCACUACUUACCCAAAUGGACAAAUUAAAAUCAGCACCAAAUGUGAUAAUCCUUACAACAUCAAACAUAACUACUGCUAUUGAUGUUGCUUUCGUGGACCGAGCUGACAUAAAAGCUUAUGUAGGCCCUCCAACUCUUCAUGUUCGUUAUGAAAUAUUAAGGUCUUGUGUUGAGGAAUUAAUAAGUAAAGGGAUCAUAUCAAGUUUCCAGGGCUGUGAUGGACUCUCUAUUCCAAGCUUUUCAAGUUUGAAAGAAAAGGCGAAUGCAACUGAGGUUCAUGAUACAGACGCAGUUCCAUGGUUCUGUAAACAAUUGAUAGAAGCUGCGAAAUCGUGUGAGGGUUUAAGUGGGAGAUCACUGAGGAAGCUCCCGUUUUUAGCACACGCGGCACUUGCAGAUCCACACAGUCAUGAUCCAAGUAAUUUCUUGUGUACAAUGAUAGAGACAGCUAAGAGAGAGAAGUCUGAACAGCCUGAAUGA